ACACUGUAAAGGGCGUGGCUUUGACCAACAGCAGCUUAGAGAUCGAGCUGAGCAGUUGGUCGGUUGAUGGGUUAAACAACAACAAGCUCGGAGAUAUGAGGGUUUCCGGAGCACUGAUUUGGGCCGCUUUCCUCAUCCAGAGGGUGGUGGGAGAGUACGGCAUGGCCCAUUUCAGUGAUACGGGCAAAAGCAAUGGGAAGGACUACUGCAUAUUCUUCAACUCCCAGUGGGCACGUCUACCUCAGGACCUUAAUAAAGCAUCCCGUCUUCAGAUCUAUGACUUGACGUCAUCGGUCCUUUGCUCGCCCUCCGAGGUCCCAGAGGGGGGCUUCCCAAACCGCAUCCCCAUGGUGAUGAGGGGCAACUGCACCUUCUACGAGAAGGUCCGCCUGGCCCAGAUCAAUGGAGCCAAGGGCAUCCUGAUCGUCAGCAAAGACAGGCUGACUCCACCAGCAGGAAACAAGACCCAGUACGAGGAGAUAGACAUUCCUGUAGCUCUGCUGAGCUACGCUGACAUGCUGGACAUAAGCAAGACUUUCGGUCAGGGGAGGCUUGUUGCCAUGUAUGCUCCCAAUGAGCCGGUGUUGGACUACAACAUGGUGAUAAUCUUCCUGAUGGCGGUGGGGACCGUGGCCGUCGGAGGCUACUGGGCCGGCAGCAGAGAUCGCAAGAAGCGUUACAUGAAGCAUAAACGCGACGACGGCGCAGAGAAGCAGGACGAGGAGACAGUGGACGUCACCCCCAUCAUGAUCUGUGUGUUCGUCUUCAUGUGCUGCAACAUGCUGGUGCUGCUCUACUUCUUCUACGACUACCUCGCCAUUUGGGUCAUCGCCAUCUUCUGUGUGGCCUCUUCCGUCGGCCUCUACAGCUGCCUGUGGCCUUUCGUCAGGAGGAUUCCUUUCUGCAAGUGCAGGAUCCCAGAGAACAACUGGCCUUACCUGCACAAGCGUCCGCAGAUCCGCGCACUGCUGCUGUCGGCCAUCUGCAUCAGCAUCAGCGUCGUCUGGAUGGUGUUUCGCAACGAAGACCAGUGGGCCUGGGUGCUGCAGGACACGCUGGGCAUCGCCUUCUGUCUCUACAUGCUCAAAACUGUCCGGCUGCCCACGUUCAAGGCUUGCACUUUACUACUGUCGGUCCUGUUUGUUUACGACGUUUUCUUCGUAUUUAUUACGCCCUUCUUCACAAAGAGCGGGGAGAGCAUAAUGGUGGAGGUCGCGGCUGGUCCCUCGGACUCCGCCCAUCAUGAAAAGCUGCCCAUGGUGCUCAAAGUGCCCAGGUUAAACUCCUCUCCUCUGGCUCUUUGCGACCGGCCCUUCUCCCUCCUGGGCUUUGGGGAUAUCUUAGUGCCAGGUCUCCUGGUGGCGUACUGUCACAGAUUUGACAUUUUAACCCAGUCCUCCAGGAUCUACUUUGUGGCCUGUACUAUCGCAUACGGCAUCGGCCUGCUGAUCACCUUCGUGGCGCUGGCCCUGAUGCAGAUGGGCCAGCCGGCGCUGCUCUACCUGGUGCCUUGCACGCUGCUCACCAGCCUCGCCGUGGCGCUGUGGCGCAGGGAGCUGCGUCAGUUCUGGACUGGAAGUGGAUUUGUGCCUCCCAUAGUCCUCGCACCGAUCAACCCCACGCAGACCGCCGAGCCGCAGACGGAGGGACUCCCGUCCGAAGCGGAGCAGCAAACCCCGGAAACAGCCGGCGAGAGCGACGAGGCGGCCGACACGGAGGGAAAGCCACCGACACCGAAGACGAGCGACGAGAAAAUCAGCAACUAGUAUAUCUUUAGAUUCGCUACAUAUUGAUUUGUAUACAUGAAUUUUCCUGAGGUUUCUCAAUGGAGAUCCAAGGUUCUCUUGAUACAAAAAGGGAAGAACUGUUUGGUUCAUUCUUUUUUUUUUUUACAAUCGAAAAUGUAUUGAGACGGAGAAAAGUAAAGAUUUGUUUAAACUGCUGGUAAAGAUGUGUGAAAAAAACACCUUAAAAUAAGUUCAGCUUUUAUUGCAGCAGCAUGGAUGAGAAACAACUGAAUAAUUUUUUACCAAAAUUAUCCUUGAAACUGUUGAUAAUGAUGACAGAGAUAAAAGAAAGCUGAUUUUUUUUUUUUCAGUUUAACAAAUUAAUAGAAAAUGUCAACAAGCUUGACAUUUUUGCAGAACAAAAGUCCAGAGUGUCACAGAUUCUCCACCGGGCUUAAUAAUAUUCCAUUUUUACUUUUGAUUGUAACUCGUAUUUGCUGUGGCUUUGUUUCCAUAAGCUUCUGAAAUAAUCAAGACCAGCAAUUAUUUAUUUUUUCUCCACUUAAAAAAAAAGCACUUCAAUUAAGUGUUGGAUUUAUAAAAAAUUAAAUCUAGAUUAGAUCAUACAUAUGCAAUACAAUGAGUUCAUUUCAGUUUAUUUUGGCACUUUUGUCCACAUCUGUAAUGAAAGAAAAUUUCAACUCUGCUGACUCAUCAAAGUGUUUUCUCUCUUAUUAUUGCUAAAAGAUCGGCGACAUUAGCAGGAGCUUACAGUCAACUUGGAAAUCAUGGAUUCAACAUAAGUAUGUUACGACGGGGAACACAUGAACAUCUGCAAACUUGGAUAAUUUGAUUAAAUGAGAAAAUAAAUCUCAGCUUCUCAACUGUGAAAAUUUAAAUCUGUAAACAGAUUUUUUUUUUUUUAUUAAAGAAAAAAGAAUCUUGUAAAUAAUCUCCCGUCGCUGUUGUCUCUAAUUUCUGUAAAAAUGCCCCAACAGAUGAAGUGUGGCUGGAAAGAUCAACGCUGAAUGUUUUGGUGGCUCUUAAACCGACACCAUCGCCAAACUCAAAAAGAACAAAAAUGGCUUUUCUGUACUGCAAACAGGUUUAACUGGGCCUUCCUGGUCUAAUCAAUCUGUUGUUUUAAAAAAAAGUUGUCAUAAUGAAGACAGAGCUGAGAUCUCCGUUUGGAAAGGCUGCUGGUACUGAAACUUGAUUGUUUCCUGUUGCAUUAUAAACUGCAGUAAUGACAAACCCUUUAAAACUGAACCCAGAGUUAAGUCUUUUUUUUUUUUUUUUUUACAUAUAUAUUUCUUCAAACAUUUUUCCUAUUUAUCAUGUUUUGUAAUAUUUUAUUUUGCAUGCUAUGGUUUUUAAUUGUACUCUUUCUGUAACACUAGUAUAGGAUGGUACAAAACGCCGCUCACUGCUGCAGUUUUUUCAUGUUGUCUUAAGAUUUGGCCUUAUUGUGUCGGCGGAAUGUGUCUCAUGGAAAAACUGCUCUAUAAAAACAAUACUGGACUCUAAACGUGCUGCAGUUUAUCGGACAGGAGUGACCAGCUGUGUUAAAACUCAUUUCAUGCAUUUGCACUUUUUUUUUUUUUUUUUUUGUUGCUCUUGUACGUUUUUAGCUAUUAUUAUUAUAAAGGAUUUUUGGAUGUGGAAACUAAUAGUGAAACGUGUUCAGUGUUCCCCCCCCCACUCCUGACCUGAGGUCGCAACAAACAGCAGACCUCAGCAGUCAGAGAGGAUAAACUGCUUAAUCACAGAAUAACCACCAAGUGUGUGUGUCGGUGUGUGAGGCUGAGUUGUGUUGAGGUGAAAAUAUAUUUCAUGUGGGCAGCUGAGAUGUCAGAUUUACAGGACAUGAAUCACCAGUAUAAUUUCUGUUGUCACCAAGUGGUUUUUAAUGCUUUGAGGGGUAAUUAUAAUAAAAGAAUUGUAUUUAA